AUGGCGCUGCUUUGGUCAAUAUGUCUUUUCGUGCUGCCUCCGUCCGCUUCCUCGCGAAUGAACAACUGUGGGCCGGUCACCAGGAGCUUGGGUGAUUCCGUACGGCUCGGCAGCAUCACAAGUGCCGGCCGACAUUCUUUAGGCAUCUUUCACAACGCGUCUGCAAUGACGUAUCGCGCGAACGCCUUUCGCGUUUGGGAGGACCGCCACCAAGCCAGACAACCGGUAAAUUCUUCAUGCCGGAGGCACGAAUACGGCUUCCGCCUGCCAUCGCUGGUCGAACAGGGGGAGCAGACCGUCGUGCUGUCCGUUCAUUUGGGCCAUGACACGCACCUGGUGCUAGGUGCGGAAUCCAAGUGA